UGGGACGUGUCGCGCCCCUACAGCGUGCAGUCCACCAAGUCCGCUCCCGACGUCAUCGUCACUCACUGACAGCGGUGACAAGCCGGGGGAUGGGAGCCGUACCGCAGACGGCACCCCCGGCAGAGGCUGCGGCUGGUGAAGACGCCGCCGCAGCAGCGGGCCACCUCCAAGGCGGUGCAGUGCGACGACGCAGACAUCGACGCGGCCGCGGCAGCCGCCACCACCUGACACGCCAUCACCCGCUGGAGGCGGCCCUCGCCCGCCUCCGCGUCCACCCCCGAGCCGCAGCGGCUGACAAUCUACCCUCGGACGUACGCUCGCCUUCGCCACACGAUCGGAGGACACGUCGCCCGCACAGAUGUGCCACCAGCUACUCCACCAAGUGCUUUUGUUUUCGUGCAACUGUGGACCGGACUCGUCCUGGCUUGUUGAUUACAUGUUGAGAUUAUUCUGCUUGUAAUUACACACUUGUGAUAACUGCCAGAAAUCAGACGGGUGUUCACUGAAAGUGACAUUACCAUUCAAACAUUUUGCACCGUUACUUUCAGUUGCUGCCCGGAAGAACACUCGUUCCAGAAAUUUUCGCAAAUAUGAUGUAAAUGGAACACUCACCUCUGCAACUCCCAGAAAAUAUUCAGGAUAUUUCCCGUUCUACUUCCCUUAUUCCAAUUCUGCGGAACGAAUUUAGCAAUAAUUGAAAUCUACCUACUGAAAUUUAGGAUAUGUAUGAUAUUAUCUUUUCUCAGAAUUAUCUCGCAAAUGCGAAGCCUUUAGUAACCAUUGUACAAAACGUCAAUCCGCAUACAAUAAUGCACUACACAUUACUGGUGUGUGGAGAGAAGCAGCACGCAAAUCGUCUCUCGAACCUCGGGAAAGGAAUCAAAGUGUGGUCUGACAUCUUUCACUGCGAAGAUGGGUCUUUAUGAACUGUAAAUAAUUAUUGAUCUUAGCUUAUGUAAACGAGAAGAUGUCAAGACCAUCCACCUGAAUUCCGUCAUAGGUCAUAGUUCUGCGCACGUGACAGAAGUAGAUUUUAUUCAGAACCACUGAGGACAUAGACCCGUGAAGUUAAGCUUUCGAGGCAGUGGCUUCACGUUUCGCGCUCCCAGGCUCAAGUAUCUGCGUACCCGACAAUUUGCGAGAUUCUGCCCUGUAAACGUGUACAGGCAUUCAGGUCGACCUUCUAUCACUUCUUCGGUAUGACAAAUUUUCAUUUGUCGUGGAGUGGUUACCAGUGAUUAACUCAUUCCAUCUGUGCUCUAUAAAAAGCUUUAACAUACUUGGCACACGUUCGCUUCUAUGCGUGGUUCGCUCCUUCUACCACCUUCUGUAUUUCCCCUGUCCGGUUAUAUCAGUUUCUAUUCAAGAACAAUGUCCUAAUCAUAUUGUACACAACCUCCAAUUUGUCAAUACUUACGCGGUGUUGUUGUUGUGGUGUUCAGUGUCUCUAUCCUUUGCAGGCCUCUUCAUUUCUGCAUAACUACUGAUAAUAAACUCCAUCUGAAACAACUCACUGUACUCAAGUCUUGGUCUCCCUCCAUAAUUGUCUACCGUACCACACUUACUUCCACUACAAAAAUUCCUCAAUGUUUCAAGGUGCGUCCUAAGACCGACACCUUCUUUCAGUCGAGUUGCACCACAAAUUAUUUUUUCCCCACUUCGACUGCAUACCUUCCCAUUAGUUAUUCAAUCUAGUUAUCUAAUUUUGAAUCCUUCCUGUAGCACUACAUUACAAAACUUCUGUUCUCUUUUUGUCCGAGAUGCUUAACGGCCACGUUUGACUCUCAUUGAAAUAACUUCAGAAGAGACUUCUUGAUCCGUAACAAAUUUCUCUUUUUCAGAAGCAGUUUCCUUGAUAUUGCCAAACUGCACGUUAUGUCCUCUCAGACGUCUCAUGUAGCUUGACUGCAUUCCAUUACACUUGAUUUACUUUUGAUGAUAUUCAUCUUUUCAAGACAGUAUACAUUCCUUUGAACUAAUCCUCCAAGUUAUCUUGCAUCUCUGCAAUAUUAUCGGCAGACCUAAUAGUUUUUAUUUCUUCUCCCUGACCGUCAGUUCCCUUCCCAAACUCCUUCUUGCUCAAUGUACAGAUUGAUAAAAUCGGAGAGAGACUACAAUCCCACCGUACUCGAUUCUGAACUACUGCUUCCCCUUCAAGUCUUUCGACUCUGUUUUCACGCUUUUGUACAAACAUUGCAUCUUGUUCUGAUUUCGAGCCACUGCAGCGGAACAUGGAAAGAGUUUGUUAGCAAUCACAGCCAAUAAAAGCAAUACAUCGUACCGAUUAUCAAUAAACUCUAUUGGGAAACAAACUGCCUUACUUCUAGAUACUUAUAAAAAAUGUGCUAGAAAAACGAAUCAAACGCAAAAUUUAGAUAUUUUUGGCAAAUAACAAUGCAUAGACUCGUAUAUGGUACCUACCACAUUUCUGCGCUAAGCAUAAAUGCAAACAGAUCUUGUCCUCUGUAGUAUUUACUGCGUCUUAUUUCACUCGCUAGUCGACGAAUUCUACGUACACAAGAGGUGUGUCUACGCCUCGCAGUCACACAGAUGAACUGAGGUGCAUGGAGAAUUUCGAUACAUGUCUAUACGAAAAUAUUCACAGCUGUGGCGACUUACGACGGAUGUAGUGACCUCACGUCAUUCACUAGUGCUGCAGCUCCACGUGGCCUUCACGCGGCAGGCACCAACGGGAUACAGUGAAAUCCGACGCGAGUUCAGCACCAGGGGCAACAACAGACUGUGGAGAGAUCGUUGUCUUCCAAUUGGAAGCAUUUUUUAAUUUUUACUUUGUAUCAACUCGCAGGUCAAAGCAACGCCACUUUUGCUGCUGUGGAAAAUAAUUCACAUGUUGUUAUCACGUGUUUUUAUAAUUGACGCAUCGUAUGUUGUUAUACUUCAAAAGAGAAAUGUUAUUCCAAUGUCGAUAUUUAGGAUGUUAGUAAAAACAGAAACACAGAUAUACGACUGUUCUGAGUUUUAAUUAACGAUUAUAAUGAUAAUGAAAUGUUUGAAGAUUGGAAUAAUACAACUGUUUCCUGUUAAA